CGCUGAAGCCCCAGCGCUUUUUUCACUGCCACGGCGACCCGGCCAUGGCACCAUUGGGAAGCCCAUCAAGCUUCUGGCCAACUGCUUCCAGGUGGAAAUCCCCAAAAUCGAUGUCUACCUGUAUGAAGUGGACAUCAAACCUGAUAAAUGUCCCCGCAGAGUCAACAGGGAGGUGGUUGACUCCAUGGUUCAGCAUUUCAAGGUGACUAUCUUUGGAGACCGUCGGCCAGUUUAUGAUGGGAAGAGAAGCCUUUACACUGCAAACCCACUUCCUGUUGCCACCAGUGGGGUUGAUCUGGAUGUCACCCUACCUGGUGAGGGGGGGAAGGACCGCCCGUUUAAAGUCUCCAUCAGAUUCGUGUCGUUGGUCAGCUGGCACAUGCUGCACGAAGUCUUGACAGGACAUGGCGAGGUCGAACCCCUGGACCUGGACAAACCCAUCAGCACUAACCCUGUUCAUGCUGUGGAUGUCGUCCUUCGGCAUCUCCCCUCCAUGAAGUACACCCCCGUCGGACGAUCUUUCUUCUCCUCCCCAGAGGGCUACGACCACCCGUUGGGCGGAGGAAGAGAGGUCUGGUUUGGUUUCCAUCAGUCAGUACGGCCGGCCAUGUGGAAAAUGAUGCUCAACAUUGACGUGUCCGCCACGGCCUUUUAUAAAGCACAGCCAGUCAUUCAGUUCAUGUGCGAGGUUCUGGACAUUCACAACAUUGAUGAGCAGCCCCGCCCCCUCACUGACUCCCACAGGGUCAAGUUCACCAAAGAAAUCAAAGGUCUUAAAGUGGAAGUGACGCACUGUGGAACCAUGCGUAGGAAGUACAGAGUCUGCAAUGUAACACGACGCCCUGCCAGCCUCCAGACGUUCCCGUUGCAGCUUGAGAAUGGUCAGACAGUUGAACGCACGGUGGCGCAGUACUUCAGAGAGAAGUACAAUCUGCAGCUCAAGUAUCCACACCUGCCUUGCCUGCAGGUGGGCCAGGAGCAGAAACACACCUACCUGCCCCUGGAGGUUUGCAACAUAGUAGCAGGACAGCGCUGCAUUAAGAAACUAACAGAUAACCAGACGUCGACCAUGAUCAAAGCAACAGCUCGCUCUGCACCAGACAGACAGGAGGAGAUCAGCAGGCUGGUGCGAAGCGCUAAUUACGAGGCCGACCCGUUUGUCCAGGAGUUUCAGUUCCGCGUGCGAGACGAAAUGGCUCAGGUGAUGGGCCGCGUCCUGCCGGCCCCCAUGCUGCAGUAUGGCGGCAGGGUGAGCUCUGAACCGUUUAUGAACCGCACGGUGGCCACACCCAGCCACGGGGUGUGGGACAUGAGGGGGAAGCAGUUUCACACCGGAGUGGAGAUCAAGAUGUGGGCCAUCGCCUGCUUCGCCACACAGAGACAGUGCAGAGAAGAGAUCCUCAAGAGCUUCACAGACCAGCUGCGGAAAAUCUCAAAGGAUGCUGGGAUGCCAAUCCAAGGCCAGCCGUGCUUCUGUAAAUACGCCCAAGGAGCCGACAGCGUGGAGCCCAUGUUCCGACACCUGAAGAACACCUAUGCUGGGCUACAGCUCAUUAUUGUCAUCCUGCCUGGGAAAACUCCCGUCUAUGCUGAGGUGAAGCGGGUGGGCGACACCCUCCUUGGAAUGGCCACCCAGUGUGUUCAGGUGAAGAACGUGGUGAAGACGUCCCCUCAGACCCUCUCAAACCUCUGCCUCAAGAUCAACGUCAAACUGGGAGGAAUCAACAACAUCCUGGUUCCACACCAACGGCCGUCUGUGUUCCAGCAGCCUGUCAUCUUCCUCGGGGCUGAUGUCACUCAUCCUCCAGCAGGUGACGGGAAAAAACCAUCGAUUGCAGCGGUUGUGGGCAGUAUGGACGCACACCCCAGCAGGUACUGCGCCACAGUGCGGGUGCAGAGGCCCAGACAGGAGAUCAUUCAGGACUUGGCCUCUAUGGUGCGAGACCUUUUGAUCCAGUUCUACAAAUCAACGCGCUAUAAACCAACCAGGAUCAUCUUCUACAGGGACGGAGUGUCGGAGGGCCAGUUCAGACAGGUGCUGUACUAUGAGCUGCUGGCCAUCAGGGAGGCUUGCAUCAGCCUGGAGAAAGAAUACCAGCCGGGGAUCACGUACAUCGUCGUUCAGAAACGCCAUCACACGCGCCUCUUCUGUGCGGAUCGCAACGAGCGGGUUGGACGAAGUGGAAACAUUCCUGCCGGCACCACAGUGGACACAGACAUCACCCACCCCUAUGAAUUUGACUUUUACCUCUGCAGCCACGCUGGGAUCCAGGGUACGAGUCGGCCGUCUCACUACCACGUUCUGUGGGACGACAACUGCUUCACCGCCGAUGAGUUCCAGCUCCUCACCUACCAGCUGUGCCACACCUACGUCCGCUGCACUCGGUCCGUUUCCAUCCCAGCACCGGCCUACUACGCCCACCUGGUGGCGUUCCGUGCCCGCUACCACCUGGUGGACAAAGAGCACGACAGUGCGGAGGGCAGCCACGUCUCAGGGCAGAGUAACGGCAGGGACCCCCAGGCGCUGGCCAAAGCCGUUCAGAUCCACCACGACACAUUGAGCACCAUGUACUUUGCCUGAAACCCUCCACCUUUCUCAGUCUCUCCGCCAGUCUUAAGGUCCGACCCCACACUGGUGAAGCUUUGGUCACCGCAGCGCGACGGUGAUGGCGGCAGCUACUGCAUAAGGAUGAUAGAAGCCAGAGAGGAGUCACAGCCACAUUAUGCAAAUUUUAAAAACCAGCCAAUCGUUUCCCUGUGCUCCUGCCCACACAUCACCACCCUCUCUCUCUCUCUCUCUCGCUUUAUUUAAAUCAUGAUGAAUCUACAGCAGCUCAAACUUUUGUUUUGCAGGGAUUUUAUUUUGUGUGUGUGCGUCUAACUGAUGGCGGAGUAGGUGUGAAUAUACAAACUGAGGAUUCUUUGGUGAAUGAGUGGGAAUGAAGCUGAACCAGCGAGGAUCCGACUCGCUCCGUCGCCUCAUGUUGAGCCUAAUGUCGCUGGUUUACAGUUUUUACAUGUUUGUUUGUGUUUUCUCAGCUUUCUAGACACGGAAUGUGUUGUGUUGUCUGUCGAACAAGUGCGUGAUCGCCAUAGCAACAUGGCAGGCUGCCUUCACGGUUACCGAUCGGUCUCCUUUUUAAGCCAAUGGUUCCUCGCGUUCAUCCAGCCUGACGGUGAGAAUCGCAACCAACACAGACACUGAAUGAAAUUGUUUUUUAAAAACAAAAGCCACGUACAGCUGCGUCUUAAAGGCAUCGUGUAUCGCUUGUUGCCUUAGUGCAAGAUGCAUAAAGAAGACUGUUCGAAAACUUCUCUACGUCGUAUUUCAGCUUGGUACCGUUUGUCAUACCAAAUGUUUCUCGUGCGUUUUAUUCCUCUUCCUAUUUAUGAGUGUUCUUUCCCUUUUUAGUUUUUAAAUUAACUAUCAUAUUCAGCAAUAGAACAGAGUGGACGGCUUAUAUCUUCUGACGACAACAAGCGCUUCAAGAAACUGAUCAUUUGUCAAGAACUCCGUCAGUGCAAUAAGGUGCUAAUGCAUAGAUCAAGUUCUGUGCUGAAUGAUUUCGACGAGUAUUUUUGUCUCCGCGAGUUUUGGCAAGUUGAAUUUGGAUUCAGGAGCGGAAAGUAUUUGACGUUCUCGUGGGUCAGUCGGGAGGUCGGAUGGUGCGUUUGGAGAAGAGUGAUCAAAGUGCCUAAUGUGGUUUGAAGAGUGACGUGUGUGUUGGAUGGAAGGAUGUUAAACGUAUGUUGGUUUGGGCAACUCUGUAUAAAAACUCUGCACUGACACGUGGACCAGGACGACACAGAGGACUGUUACUGAAGUCUGGUUUUCUAAUUAUCUUAUGAUUUCAACAUGUUUUUACAUGAGACAAAUUUUAAUUGGUUAUAAAGUAUUGCAAACUGUGUUUUCUUACUAUCACAAGUAUCCGAUUAAUCCGACAGAAUGAACCAAGUUAAAUGAAAUCACAACUCAGUUCAUUAGGCUAAGAAUGUCUUAUCAUUCCAAAAAUAGCACAUUUUCAAAUAUAUUUUAAACUGUCACGGUUUAUGGCUCCAACAAAUUGGAGAAGAAAUGAAAGUUUCCUUAUAAUAUCUAGUAAAUUCUGUCCAGAUCCAGGAAAAGCUUCACAUGUUGAAAUCAUAAAAUAUUUUAUUAUUAAACAAAACCUAGUCUCACACACGGAGGAGUUUGAGUUUGCAGGUUUGUCUGCGUGUCGUCAGCCAGCUUUGGUCUGAACGUCACUGUUCAUGUUCCAGUGCUUGAAUUUCAACACCGAUGAACUUUUGUCUUUCUAUUUUGGAUUAAAGCGACGUCGUCAUGCAAUAAGCAGCGGUUAAACUCAGACUUACAGUUCAGCUGUUGAGAUUGUCGUCUUUAACGUCGUCUUUAACGCCCUCACGGUGUAGUUUAAUUCAGACGAAGCCUUUAUUUUCAUCAGUCGGACCAAACCAGUGUGCCUGGUCCGGGUCAGGGUGUUGUGACUCGGUGUCAAUACUCUUACAGCGUCGUGCUCAAAGGCUCUGAACCUAAGCUGCUAUAUUUGAUAUUUCAUCAGAUACAUAUAUAUUAAAUAUAUUGACGGAGAAGGAGGCAGAGGAUGUGGUGUUUUACUGCACUUAAAAAAACAGCUGCAUGUGUUUUAACGGUUGAGUCGAGAUGCUGAGGUUUUGUUUGACUAAAGAUUUUCUCUCUGACAUUUUUAAUUGUAAGGAAACCGGAGCUGAUCGUUUUUUUUUUGUUUGUCGUCAUGUUGAAGCAGUUUCUCGUCGUCGGACAUUACCAGCAUUUUUACUUGAAUAGUUUUAGUAGUCAUGGGCAUGUUUAACAUUGUUGUCUAGUGCUCUGCUUGUUUUUAAAAGUUUAUAUUUAUAAAUAUAUCAAGAGCCUUAUAACAGAAAUCCCCUCUUUCCUGUCAGGAUGCCACCUGCAGUCAUUUGACCUCCAGAGGCUGUAGGACAGAUCCCCUCACAAAAUAUAAGUCUUUUUAAAACUGAAUGGAGAAAUAUUUAUAUUUAAAGAAACCAGUGUAAUGCAGAUACCACUUGUCCUUUAUGAAGCAGAGGCCUGAUAGCUGUAUUGAAAUAUGAUAUUUAAUUGUCAUUUUUCCAAAUUGGAUAAUGCAAUAGCUGUGUUUUCUGCUUUGUGGAGCCUGUUGGAGGUUUGUGGUGUCACGCUAGAUGAACCGUCAACCCUCCUCUGCAGAUACGAGCUGUGAAGACGUCCCUCCACUUUCAUCAUCUCAAAAAGCUCAUUCAUUUUAUAAGAUCCUGCAUAUUUAUAAAAGAGGAGGA